AUGUCCAAUACGUCAGAACAAGAUAGCGCAAAACCGCUGAAAGAAGUCGCGGUUAUCUUCCGUGCCGCGAAGCCAGAAGAGUUUGACGUCCUUUCAAGGAUUCUGUGCAAUGCCUUUCUUCCAUUAUGGAAUCAUAACUGGUUUCAUGGAGUUUCAGAAGCUCUCGCUCCUGUCGCGAUUGGGAGUAUUGGAGCUCAAACACCGCCAAUGAGUCGUUAUCAAGCAACACGUGUCUACUUUUAUCGAUCCCUGAUAAAUCUCGUAAGCCUCUGGGGCGGGUUGGUCCUCGUCGCUGAGGUCCCUGGCCCCGGCACCGCCAACGGGAUCAACAUCGGCGCCAUCAUGAUGUGGCUCCCUCCCCAUGUGAGAGAAGGAACAUUCGGCAUGUUCCAGGUAUGGAGAUCAGGGCUCUUGUCGCUGCUUGCCCCGUGGAGAUACGGGCUAUCUGGCUUCUAUCGAAUCACUGCCAUCUUUGAGGCUAACGUGAAGUCGAUGUUUGAGAAGAGACUGAAGGGUGUCCAUCCUGGCGGAUAUAAGGAAGAGGAGUGUGGUUUUGUGCAGAUGAUUGCUAUUAAUCCUGCUCACGCUGGUAAGGGCUAUGCGUCGGCGCUUUUGAAACAUCAGGUGGAGAAGCACUUUGCUCAAUAUCCUGACAAGCCCGUCAUUCUCGAUACCACAACGAAGCAGGGAUUGAAUGCGUAUGGGAGAUUGGGUUUUGAGCUUCUGGCACAGAUCCCUGUGGACACUGGCACUGAUGUUAGAGGUAUUCGUCUUAAGACCAAUGCAGACGAAAGCGCCAGGAAGCUCGCGAAGGAGACUUGUGUUCAGAGGGUCAUGAUAAAGGUACCACCCGGUGCGCCG